AUGAACCACGCAUUUGAAGAACCAGCUGAGGUGGCAACUGUCCCCGAUGCCAGGAAUGUUAGGUACAUUCUUCGCGGCACGCGGCUUCUCACACUGUUGAUUAACUUGGCCGCCAAGAUGAAUGGUAAGGAAAUUGCGAAGGCACAGAAUGCCCGAAUUGAGGACCUUCCAGUGCUGCUGGAUCUCACUGUCGGGCUAUUUGACCUCUCGGUGGAGAAAAACAUUGCGGCGGUGGUAGCAUUUAAAGAUUUAGUCGAUGUGGGCAAGAACACCAAGUGGGUUGUGGAAGGAACACUGUUGAAGAUUGAGAUCGACUUGUCAUCUGGACCUGAGAUGAGUAGAAACCACAAGUUGGGAACGAAACAUGUCAUCGCCUCCAUCCGCGCAAAUACCCCCAUAGGCCAGUCGAAAUGCCGCGCAACCUUGAAGCUGCAGUGCGAAGGUGGAGGGAGCUGGCCGGCGAUGCUGUCACCACGAAGUGUCGUUGAUUUUGGGGAUGAUACAUCCCCUCCCGGCAUCGUCGCGCGUGCGUUACAGUUUAGCCCGUCCGUCUCACUUGCACGGAUGACUGAUUCUCCUGGUGCCUAUCCAGGCAUGAUUGAGCUCGACGAUUUCGUUACUUUAGACUUGCGCAGUCUUCCUGUAGUGAAAUUGCGCCUCAACAUGUAUAGAAAAACUGGGCAGUUUGUGAAGUUUACCGGUGAUAUCCUCUCGGGGAUUGGCGUUUCAUUGGUUGUGCAGUGCUGCGGUGAGUCCGAUUCACCAACAAACAGACGUCGGGGCGAAGGAAAGGCAGUGAACAUGUGGGCCCAUGAGGAAAUCACACCUUCCGGUGAGGAAGUCCUCGUUGUGGAGUUUGACUCCACAAAGGAGAGCGGUCCACGGAAUGGUGCAAGGUGCAUGAUCAGCAACGCCAGUCGUCUCUCAGUCAAGAAUCGCUAUGUGGUUGACUUCACGGCGAUCGGGCCCAUUUCAUUCCUGCCUAGUUUUUCGGAGGUGUACAACAGCGUCUGUAGAUUCCUCGACCCUAACCCCAACCCUUUGCUGACGCUAAGCAUGCCUGAUGUGCGGGCACACGUGGCGAGUGAUUUUCCACUGCGCACUGUUAGUCGGGAGCUGAAAAACCUUGUGUGGCAAGCGGUGCGCCUAUACAUCAUAAAGGACUACAUGCCCCACGAGCGUUACGAAGCCUCCAUGUCGCCUGUUGCUCCAAAAGUUAGAUAG